AUGUCCUCCGAUCUGCUCAACGUCGUCAUCGUCGGCGCGGCUUCGGCAGGCGUGAAUGUCGCCACGAACCUCGCAAAGUCUCUCCCUUCCACCCACCGCGUCGUUCUCAUCGAAGCCAACCCCGUCGCUUACUGGAGUAUCGGAGCACUACGAGCUUCCGUCUUGCCCGGAUUUGAGACCAAGGUGGUCCACGACCUCACUGCUGAAACCGUCUUUGGCUCCACGGAUAGCCGUCACAUCGUGCUCGCUGGAACACGUGUCGUCGAUCUCCAGUCGGAUCACAUCGUCGUCGACAAAGACGUCGCCGCUUCCAUGCCGGGAUCCACGGUGCAAGAGGGAAAGACGUCAAUCCCAGUGGAGCGAGUAGUGCUAGCUAUUGGAGCGGACUACGGCUUCCCCGCACGAAUCUCUCCUUCGGCAAAGACGAAGGAGGACAUUUUGGAUCAGUUCAGAAGCAUGCAGAAGCACGUUGCUGAGGCCAAGGAGAUUCUGGUGGUGGGAGGUGGACCGACUGGUGUCGAAUUUGCGGGAGAGGUGUUGGACGUUCACCGGGGCAAAAAGGUGACGUUGAUCACUCGCGGGUCUGGCCUCGUCACCAACGGCAAAGACAACUACUCCGGGUUGAGUGCCAAGCUCAUCUCCCAGCUCGAGUCCAAGGGAGUCCGUGUGAUCCUCAACGACUCGAUCGAUCUCAACGGCCAAACCACCGGACCCUUGUCCUCGACCCAGACCUUCAAGACCGAAAAGGGAGAACAACUCACCGCCGACUUCCUGCUCGUCGGAUCCGGCGGCAAACCUCACACCCAAUGGAUCAGCAACAUCGACCCGGACAUCCUCGACUCUUCCGCUCGCAUCAAGGUCUCCUCCACCUUUUCCAUCGAGAGCUCUUCUCCAAGGUGGUCCAAGUACUACGCCGUCGGUGACGCAGCAAGCACUCCCGGGCCCAAAGUCUCCUACAUGGCCAGUCAGCACGCUCCGCAGGUGGCGCACAACGUCGUGUGCGAUGUCAAGGGCGAGAAGCAGAAGAUGAAGGUGGCGAGCCCUCCAUCGGGCGACAUCAUCAUGGUGCCGGUGGGCAAGAGUGGUGGUGCGGGUUAUCUGAUGUUCUUCUCGGUGGGUGGGUGGCCGACGAGCUUGAUCAAGGGAAAGUCGUUGUUCGUGUCGAUGUUCGAGGGUUGGUUCCGCAAGUGA